GUGGUUGGGUUAGAAGCCCGCAGGGGCGUUUGGCCCGGGCUGCUAACUCGGAGCGGUGACCUUGAGGGUGGAGUAAGAGUUUUCUUUCUUCUGGAUGGAUUAGGCUCCACCCUUUCGUCCUGCUCAGAGCCAAGAUGAGGGUGUGCUGGUUGGUGAGACAAGACAGCCGGCACCAGCGAAUCAAACUUCCCCAUUUGGAAGCUGUUGUGAUUGGUCGAAGCCCAGAGACCAAGAUCACAGAUAAGAAAUGUUCCCGACAGCAAGUACAGUUGAAAGCAGAGUGUAACAAGGGAUAUGUCAAAGUACAGCAGAUGGGGGUUAAUCCCAGCAGCAUUGACUCGGUCGUCAUUGGGAAGGACCAAGAGGUGAAGCUGCUGCCGGGUCAGGUCCUCUACAUGGUGAAUGAACUUUACCCGUAUGCUGUAGAGUUUGAGGACGUGGCUGAGAGCCCGAAGCUAACGCAGAGGAAGAGAAAGAGGUCAGACUGCGAGAGUGAGGCAAUGGAGGCUGAGGCUGGGGCAGGGCUGGCGCCGGGGAGCAGCCCCAGCCAGUGCUCUGUGCCCCCUAAGAAGGGCAAGGACGGAGCCACCAAGGAGGAAUCACUGGGCCACUGGAGUCAAGGCUUGAAGAUGUCUAUGAAAGACCCCAAAAUGCAGGUUUACAAAGAUGAUCAGGUGGUGGUGAUUAAGGAUAAAUACCCCAAGGCCCGCCACCACUGGCUGGUCUUACCAUGGGCCUCCAUUUCCAGUCUGAAGGUUGUGACCAGUGAACACCUUGAACUUCUCAAACACAUGCACGCUGUGGGGGAAAAGGUGAUAGCAGAUUUUGCUGGAUCCAGCCAAUUGCGCUUCCGAUUGGGUUACCAUGCCAUUCCCAGCAUGAGCCACGUACAUCUUCAUGUGAUCAGCCAGGAUUUUGAUUCUCCAUGCCUUAAAAACAAAAAGCAUUGGAAUUCUUUCAAUACAGAGUACUUUCUGGAAUCACAAGCUGUGAUCAAGAUGGUUCAGGAAGCUGGCAGAGUGACUGUUAAAGAUGGGACUUGUGAACUCUUGAAGCAGCCUCUCCGUUGCCAUGAGUGUCAGCAGCUGUUGCCUUCCAUCCCGCAGCUGAAAGAGCAUCUCAAGAAACACUGGGGCGGGUGAUGCUCGCCUUGGCGACAGAGUGCAGUGCUAGCAUCUGUCUGCAGUGCCUCUGCUCCAUUCAAUCCUGAACUAAAGCGUACAGUUCUUCAAAACGAAGUUUACUUAUCUUUGAGCGGCCACACCUAGGGUGACUCUGGUGCAGGAACUGGGAAUUGAGGUCUGUGUGGGUGUAUUCUCUGGUAAUGGAGGCUGAGCCGUGCCUGACCACCCUUCCCAGGGCCGUGACAGGCCUGAGUAAUGAGAGGCAGAGCCAGCUUGAGACUCAAAGCACAAUGGAGAAGCAGAGGACUGGUAAUAUAUUUUGUUCUACUCUUGCCCCUGGAUUGUGGAGUGUCUGUUCAUCUAGGUAGCUGAGGGUUCCGCGGGGCCUGGUUCUGUCGCUUCAGUCUGCUCCAUGAUGCUCUUCUUCCCUCCGUGAGGAGGCUGUCAAUCUACUGUACCAGGCCGAGUGUCUAGUGGAAAAUAUGUGGCAGUCAUCUGCACAGAGCGAUAAUUUGUGAAUGACUGUGCCAGGGAAGAGGAAGUGGUGAUAUUGGGCACAGUAUAUUAACAGUACAGUCUGUGCUGAGGGCAGCCUAGAGUGGUGUGAACUGUACAAUCUGUGCUGAGGGCAGCCUGGAGUGGUGUGAAUUGUACAGUCUGUGCUGAGGGCAGCCUUGAGUGGUAUGAACUGUACAGUCUGUGCUGAGGGCAGCCUGGAGUGGUGUGAAUUGUACAGUCUGUGCUGAGGGCAGCCUUGAGUGGUGUGAACUGUACAUUCUGUUGAGGGCAGCCUGGAGUGGUGUGAACUGUACAGUCUGUGCUGAGGGCAGCCUGGAGUGGUGUGAACUGUACAGUCUGUGCUGAGGGCAGCCUGGAGUGGUGUGAAUUGUACAG